CUCUCUUCCGCGCCGCCAUGGGAGCUCGACAGAGUUGCACAAAGGCCUGCUCCAACUGCGCAGCAGACUGCACUCGACCUGGGCAAGGCGGCGAUGACUUUGAUGAUGACCGACCUGGUGGAGACCCAGCAGGGGCCACCUUCGAGGAAACCUUGGAGGACCUAAACAGCCUGGAUCGACAUCUCAUGCUCUUUUGUGCCUCAUCGAACUUGGCUGCAGUGCGAUGGCUCAUGCAACUAGGGGCCCAUUGGGAUGCCUGUGAUGCGAAUGGCACCAGCUGUUUGCACGUGGCUUGCCGCUCCGGCACUUUGGCCAUCGUGAGAGAGAUGAUGGAGCACCAGCAGCUCCUAGAGGCCAUUGACAUGGCUGGCUGGGCACCGCUUCAUAUAGCGGUCCACGUUGGCCGAAGAGAAGUCGUCAUCAGACUGCUGCAGGCUGGUGCCAAGCUCACCCAAAGGAACGGCAAGGGGCAGGUGCCAACUGACCUUUGCGCUGACAAUGGUACAUAUGAGGCCAUCCGUUCCUAUGAGAUGCAUCAGAGAGAGUCACCGCACGAUGCUUGGGAAUUCCCCUUGGACUCGAACCAAGCUGAGGACAUUGUAGGCAGCCGCCUGCAGUAUGAGCCCUUCUUUGUGCCGAGACAACCUGUUAUCCGGUCACAGCAGUUCAAGAAGGAAUUUCAACGCAUUGGCACUCUGAUUUUCAACCGCCAGCCCGGCUUUGGCUUAGCUUUCCUGGUGGCUAGCGGCGUGGCACGUGAUUACCCCGUCGAUAUGUCCACAUUUUUGCGACGGAGCAAAGUUGACAUCAAACAGGUCGGCAACUUCUUAGGAGAGGCCUUCUCGCUUUCGCACACGAUCCGCCUGGAGUUUCUGAAUUCGGUGGUUCUGCAAAACACUGGUGUGGUCUCUGCACUGAUCCAGGUCUUCCAUAUGCUUCAGUUGCCAGACGAUUUGCAAAAGAUCAAUCGCCUGGUUCAUGGGGUAGCUCGAAUCUGGUGGAGGCAGCACGAGAGGAUGCAACGGGAAUCAUCUGGAGUGGUGCCUGCACGCCAGAAGCAAGGUUCAGAGAAUGGCUCAAUGCAGCUUCAUCUGACGCAGGAGCUGUGUGGCCUGGAGCUGAAACAAUACCUGUCUGGCUCAGAUGUAUUGCACCAGCUCAUGUUCUCCACUGUGCUGCUUCAUUGGUAUCUUUAUCGAGAUGGCCCGAAUGCUGCCAAGAAGGAGAUGGACUUUGCCACCUGGCAGCGGCUGAAUCGCGGCAUCGAGACGAAUGGGACCAAUGUGCCCGACCACGUGCAGCAGCAGGUCUACACUUUGGUGAACAAGGCCUUCAUUCCAGAGCUUGCAGUUGCAUCGGCGCAGAGAAAAGGUGAAGGGGGUCCAGAUGAAGGUGGUGGUCCGGGGGAGAUCGCGGCAGAGAGGCCAACAGCGCCACUACUGGCGCCCUUUGCGGCAGCCGAAGGCUGGGCACAAAUCGUUGGGGGUGGCUUCCCAAAGCCCAGUGGAGCCGCGGGAGUUCAAACUGUGACUUACUCGCAUGUCUCCAGUAUUUUCAGUGAAGUGACCCACGGAAACUCAGGCAUCGUCCGGAGUCCCCUGGCCGCGGGCACCGACUUGAAGAAGUCGGAGGCACCGAACCGGAUGGCAAAAAGGGAUGACUUUGCUUGGUUGUCAGUGGUUUACACGCUCUUGUUCUUUGCUGCUCACCCACAGAUGGGCGCUCCGUACGCGUUCAUCGAACUGCGGAGGGUUUGCAUCUCGCAUAUGGAUGAAGGCAACCAAGAGCUAACUUUGGUGGGUACCCUGGACCCGGAAGAACCCGACACAGCAGACUUCACGGUGGCACGGCGGGAUCCCAAUGGGUUCUGGCCUGAGAUUGAGUUCGGGCAACGGUAA